CUGCUACAUUGGCUCCCGGGGCGGGCCACUUGUAUCGAUCAAACACGUGACCUCCUUUCCUCCCAUUUCCAACACCCAUGCAAAUGCAAUCAGGGUACUUCUACGGUGCCUGUUAAAAUUAAGUAGGUACGGUACGUGUAGUUCAAAAGUACCCAUGCCAUUUUAUUAAUACGCCGUAUAUGUUUUAGCAUACAUGCACGUGUUGGUGCCUUAUUUGCCCAACCAAGGAAAUGUAUCGAUACCCCAAGAAUUAGUACAUGCACCAUAGAAUUUCCCAUGCAAUUUUACUCCCCCUUUUGCAUGUCUCUCCUCUUCACCUCAAGAGCUAAAUCAAUCCAAAUUCAACCUCCAUUUUCCUCUGAACCCCCCUUUUCCAAGAAAUGCUGAUCUCCAAGGACCUAAAUAACCCCAAAAGGUACUAUUCUGCUUCCUCUUGGCACUAAUAGGAAUAAACAGGAAAAUAGCAUUGCCAUCUUUGUUCUUUCCCCCUUUUAAAAGAUUACGUUUUGCAUAUUUAAAAAAAAUCUUGAAUGGAGAUUGGGUCUUUCCCGUUUCAAUUUGGGCAGCUAUCUCAACUUGCUGCUCUGAUUUUCUUGAAACAGUAAGAAUGUAAGAUGCAAUAGCCUAGAUAUACAUCCAUGGGUAAAUGCUUUCCUCAUUAUGUGAUCAAAUUCUUUCACAGGAGGUAAGGAAUGAAAUAUUUUAUACAAUUUCCAUUCCUGGGAAACCCUGUAAUUGAUAUACAAUUGUUUCGCAUAACGGGGCAAUGCUGCAUAAAUCUUCGCUCACAUACCAGGAGUACAUUUCCCAUUGGGGUUGCCCUUCUCUUAUGUUGUUGCCAUAGAAUAUACAAGGAAAUACAAAUGCCCAGCCAGAGAGGGAGGUUCUUGAGUGAUACAAAUAAAGGCUUCAAAUUAUUGAGCUGAUUUUAUAGGCAAGCGAGAUCGCAAAGGUCUAGUUGACUUCUUACAGGAAGGAAACUUGGAAAGAAAAUGAGCAGUGAACCGUCUGGUGUUAUAUCUGAAAAUAUUAAUAGUGGUGCCCGGGGUGAUAUACACAAUAGGGAUGAACGUGUAAGUAGUAUAUCUCUAGAGACCGGUGAAGUUUUUUCUGCAGAAUUCACGCCACGAAAAGUACCCACCAUGAACGAUUCACAAAACAACCGGGGUGGCUUUACCAUUCCUCAAAAUGAUGUGGUCUAUGAGGACCUUAACGGUCUACUAGGUAUACAAAGAAGAGGUUUUGAAAGUAUAGCAGGAAAUCAUGGAGCUCAUAUGGAUGGAAAUAGAGCUACACGGGGACCAGCAGAAAACUCCCCACACUCAUGCCACCCUUACAGCGAUGAUCAAGAAGGGCCAUACAAACCUUUCUCUAAAAAACUGAAAUUCCUAUGCAGUUUCGGAGGAAGAAUUUCUCGAGGACCGAACAAUGGUAGGCUUAGGUAUGUUGGUGGUGAGACUAGAAUAAUAUCAAUUAGGAAGAACUUAACUUAUGAUGAACUAGUGAAAAAGACUAGAGCCAUUUAUGAUCACCCUCACACCAUAAAGUACCAACUCACUGGUGAAGAUCUUGAUGCACUUAUAUCUGUGACAUCUGAUGAGGAUCUCCAUAACAUGAUAGAGGAAUUCCAGGACUCGGGAAAGAUUUCACAAUUUCUACGUCUUUUUCUUGUGCAUUCAUCUGAGGAGGAAACUCUUUGUUCUUUUGAACCAUUGACCUUACAACCAAGCCAGUUUGGGAGCACUUUAGACUAUAGUCAGAGCUAUCAAAGAGAUUCCCCUGCUUCAUUUCAUCCAUUCAACAUAAUAGUCCCUAAAAAUCCUACCACUCACCAGUUUAAUACAUAUCAGUCUCCUCCAUUGUCUCCACUAGCAGGACAUCAGUUGAAAGAUUUCAAACGCUUCCCUGAUUUGGCAUUUACCAAUAUUCAAUGUGAUGAAGGUAAUGAUUCAUGUAGUCCGUAUCCUGUGGACCAAUGCUAUUGCUGUAGUAAUCCGUUAAGUUGUUACCGAAAAAAGGACUGUAAUUUAGUGGAACUGCACAAGGCUUGUGAGUCAAUCCCUCAAAAUCUUGUACUUCAACAUUGUAUUGCAUCCAAACUGCUCCUGAGACCAGAUUUGCAUACUAAAUCUGGUUGCGGAAUGCAUCAUGCUAUUUCUGAUCCACAACUGCACUGUGAGCAGAGAUAUAAUGUCCCUUCAAAUUUUAAUAUAGAGAAAUGCCCUUCACUUGAAAUGAUUAGCUCUUCAAAAGAAUUGUCAAUGCAAGGGAAAGAAGUAAGAGAUGACAAGCAGUUUGAGCAGCAGAAUCUUAAAGAAUCAGACUUUGUGAAACAGUUAAAGCAGAAGAAUCUUUACUCAGCUCAGCAAGAAUCUUAUUUAGGGACUAAGGAAACAUGUACUCGAAAAGCUUAUGGUGGCAGAAACUCUUCUAAACCCCUUGUCUCUCCCAGUAAUAAUACUGCAGCAACCAUUUGUAUAGAGCACUGCAAUGAUCCUAAUGCUUGUUGGGGAACAACUUUAAAGCCUGCAGUCAGUGAAAACAGAAACUUUUCUACAGGAUUGAUGAAACCCUCCACAAACAACUGCCGGGAUGAGUGUUUCGGUUUAUCAGAUAGAUCUGGCUGCAAUAUAGAGGUGACUGAUCCCCUUGUUUCUGACAUAUCAUUACAAAAUUCAGCUGCUGCUUUUGCACAAGAUUUUACUGUCAAUCAGGGCAUGUCCAAUGGUAAACAGACACAGCAAAAGUCAGAGGGUUUAUCCAACCAAAAGCAUGAGACAUUGUUCGAGUUCCAACUCUCAGAUAAUUCUAAUCGCUUUAGAGUCCCUGAUGGACCAUCGUCUGCAAAUUCCUUCCCACAUGAGCAAGAUGAACCUGACUAUAAGAACAAAAAAGCAGAAGGUGAUAGAGAGGGUUUAUCUAUCAAUGAUGCUGCAAAUAUUGAAACAGAGGCGGGCAUAUGUGGCUUUCAGAUUAUAAGAAAUAGUGAUCUUGAAGAGCUACGGGAGUUGGGAUCUGGUACAUUUGGGACUGUACAUCAUGGAAAAUGGAGGGGAACAGAUGUUGCUAUCAAGAUGAUAAAAAAGAGCUGUUUUGCUGGCCGAUUAUCUGAGCAAGAACGGUUGACCAAUGAUUUCUGGAGGGAGGCUAAGAUUCUUUCAGACCUCCGCCACCCAAAUGUAGUAGCAUUCUAUGGCGUGGUUCCUGAUGGACCAGAAGGAACAAUGGCUACAGUUACUGAAUACAUGGCUAAUGGGUCACUGAGGCAUGUACUUCGAAGGAAGGACAGAACUCUUGACAGACGAAAAAAACUUAUGAUUGCAUUAGAUGCUGCAUUUGGUAUGGAAUACUUGCAUUUGAAAAAUAUUGUUCAUUUUGACUUGAAGUGCGAGAACUUGCUUGUCAAUCUGGGAGAUCCACAACGACCUGUUUGCAAGGUUGGUGAUUUUGGAUUGUCAAGAAUAAAACGGAAUACUCUUGUUUCGGGUGGUGUUCGAGGAACACUUCCAUGGAUGGCACCCGAGUUAUUAAAUGGGAGCAGCAGUCGGGUUUCUGAAAAAGUUGAUGUUUUCUCAUUUGGCAUUACAAUGUGGGAGAUCUUGACAGGAGAAGAGCCUUUUGCAAGCAUGCACUGCGGCACAAUCAUAGGUAUGUUUUUUCAUAGUCUCCUUAAAAUGUUGUAAAGAGUGCUAAGCAUCUGACUGGGUAGAUGAGAAGUAAAACUGGAAUUAGGCGGGCCCAAGAAAGGAAAGAACUCAGAAUCUGUUUAAGCUGGAAGACUGUUACACAUUAGCGUUCCACAUUACCUCAGGUUAUAACAAGAUUGUAUUGAAUCUUUUAAUGUGGUUUUUCCAAGUGUUUUAUGACCCUGAUAAGUGGCCAUAACACAAUUUUGAAGUUUAUCUUGAACCAGGUUUGUCCCACAUUGUUGAGAAAACUAAACAUAGAAUGAUGAGUUAAUUAAAUUUUGGGAUGAACUAGCUGAGUGACAAAACUCAACCCCUUGGGUCGUUUAGCUAAGAACUUGACUUCAAUCUUUUAGCAUGUUUUUUUGUCCAAGUGUCUUGUGGCCUUGCUGAGUGAACCCUUUCUUGAAUUAUAUUAAAGUCUUUGGAAGGUAUAUUCUAUUUUUUUUUGUUUUUGAUUUUUUUUUCUAUAAAAAUUGAAGUAUUAACCUAAUUAACAGUUGUUCUUUGGUCCAUCUUGUGUGCAAGGUGGCAUUGUAAAUAACACUCUUAGGCCUCCAAUUCCUCAACGGUGUGAUUCUGCAUGGCGAAAGUUGAUGGAAGAUUGUUGGGAAUUUGAUCCAGCGGAAAGGCCAUCAUUUACAGAGAUAACAAACCGAUUGCGUGCAAUGUCUGCUGCUUUCCAACCAAAGAUGAGGGUGAAGAGAUGAGACCAUGUACAUUAAUGUAAGUCUUAUGAACAAAUUUGAAAACAAAUCGUUUGCACGCCUGCACACUCUACUAACAUGCAAAAUACAUAACUGCAAAUAUUGUUGUAAAUAAUUUAACCUAUGUACGUUAAAGAUAUAAAUGAUACACCUUAUUGUUUUUGUCUAAACAUGGGCAUUGUUAGUGCACUCUUAACCAAUUGUGAAGAACAAGAAGUUGCAAAUAGUCUCCAGUUCCAGAUGUGUAUUGAACUAUCGAUCUAUCAAGGGGAUCAAUAUACAAGGGAACAGAGCUCACUAAUGAGUAAUAACACCAAAAUAUCCCAACCCUCUAGCCAAGUCUUUCAUAGUUUAUGAUUAAUCUGAGCGUCUUGCUUCCCGCUGCAAUUUUGUGGGCUCUAGUUUAACCUUACUUUUUGUGCGUAUACGUAUACAUCUCAAUGCUAUGAGAGUUAUAUUCAGUUAGAGUAUGUCUAGAGUGAUGGUAGAAGUGUACAUCAUAGAAUAAAUUAAAUGUAUGACAUAUAUGAAAAGUUCCAUAUAAUCCUCACUUUUAAUGUCCGAAAUUUUCACAUUAUGUAAUAUCUCCCGAUUUAACUCAUAUGGUCUAGGGGCACUCGACUAUAGAAUUACAAUCGUUCUACUUGUACACGUCGGCUUACACACCGGUUUACACGCCAAGUGUAUUUUGUCUGCAAAAACAAUUGAUUUUCAUUUUAGCAAUGAGAAUUGUAUCUGACCCCGAAAAAGUGAAUUAUCUAUGGCUAAAGACCUAUUUAGUAAAAGUAUAACUUGCUAGGUGAUGAUCCUAGCCUCCACCAUACUCAACAUGCUCCUUGCCAUUCACGGGCUGUUUGUUAUUAAAUAAGACGAAAAUGUAGUCAUCCUACAAACAUAAGACCGCAUGUAUUAUUUCCCUGGAGUAAAC